GAAGGCAGAAGGCAGAAGGCAGAAGGCAGAAGGCAGAAGGCAGAAGGCAGAAGGCAGAAGGCAGAAGGCAGAAGGCAGAAUAAUGUCAGUCUCUCCUCUCCUUGUUCAACAUCACUCCAUGAGACAAGCAUCGACUAAUGAAUUCAUGUCAUAGAAAACAAAACAAGUGUAAGCGAUAUAUAACAACAAAGAAGAGUAGUGUGUUAUCAACAAGAAUGUAAUUUGUCAUAGCAAGGCGUAUUGUAUUGCUGUAUUUAUGUGUUGACUUAAAGAUAUGAAAUUUCAUUUACGUGUGGUAUUUUUCAGUUCAUGCAAGCUAAUCCAAUUUUAUUUUUAUCAUAUGCGUAAACUUUAGUUAUAACCUCUAGCUGUUCUCCCUAUUAUAACAUCUAUAAAACAUCAUCAUCAUUUCCCAUCAUCCAUACUCAAGCCAACGAAACCCAAAACAAGAAAGAAUUCAAUUUUAUAAAAAUGUCUGCCCUUAAGCUAAGAAACGCGAACUUUCCGGCGCCGGAGCUCGAUGACCUUCCCGAACAGCUGCCGUCAGAGACACGACCCGUGGUACUCAGAAGACAGAGGUCAGUGUCUCAACGAGCCAUGUCAAACACGCUGACAUCAGCAGCAAAUCUCUCAAACCUCCUCCCAACCGGAACACUCCUCGCGUUUCAACUCCUGACUCCCGUUUUUACUUCAAACGGCGUCUGCGACCACGCAACGCGUUUGUUAACCGCUGUUCUCCUCUUCCUCUUAGCCGCGUCUUGCUUCGUCAGCUCCUUCACCGACAGCGUUAAAGCCGAUGACGGAACAGUCUACUACGGUUUUGUCACGUUCAAUGGAAUGUGGGUCCUUGAUUACCCUGACCCGUCUGGUUUGGGUUUACCUGAUUUAUCCAAGUAUCGGAUGCGGGUCGUUGAUUGGAUCCAUGCUACGUUGUCGGUUUUAGUGUUUGGAGCGGUUGCGUUGAGAGAUAAGUAUGUAACGGAUUGCUUUUAUCCGUCCCCGGAGAAAGAGACCAAACAUGUUCUGGACAUUGAUAAACCAUUCAAAAUGUUUUAA